AGAUCUUCGCUCGCACAUCCCGCGGGCAGUCGGUGCUCACUUUGAAACGCGGCUCUACGAAGCGUGGUCGUGCCGUCUCGUCCCGCAAAUCAAACGCCCACGAGGGAAACGCAAACAAACAAAAAAAAGUAUUCGCGCUCUCCCAAGACGGAUCCCGUGUGCUCGGACGAUGUUCCUGUCUUAAAACUCCGGAGUUGAAAACGAAAGAAACAACACCAGAAAUCAUCGAUCUUUCGAGCCGGUGCUCGCUAAAACCCUCCGUCGGAUUCUGGAUGCCGCUAUAACUACAAAGGGGGGCGGAGGUCAGCCCUGGAAAAAGCCCGAUGGUCCGGUAGCAGCGCCCUGGCCAAGGGGUGGACAGUCCGCAGGCCGGGCCCCAUGAUCCUCUCGGUGAAGGAUGUCCCUGUGGAUACGCUGCUGCUUGCGGUGCCGUCAGGCCGAUCGCCUCCGGCGCCCUCCACGCAUCCGCCAGGUCUUCCGAGGCACUGUCGUCCUCUGCACGCUCCUCUUCUUAACCUUCUGGACGAGCCUUCUUCAAGAAAACCCCACGGUAGAACUGGAGGAUGUCGACGAAGACAAAGCCCAAGCACAAGUUACAGAACAUGCGACUUCACCCGCUUCCGGCACUCCGACAUCCAAGAAGGACACACUCCGAAAGACCACCGCUGUCCAGGCGACGUCACUGGAGACACUCACACCGCGGAACGGGGGCACUUUAGAAGAUGUGUAUCCAGCGCAGCCGGCUCGUGACGGUGACUGGGUGUCAACGGACACCUACCCGCGAACUAAACUCAGACUAUUUCUUUACUCCGCGUACCUUGACAAUCGGAUUGCGGAGCCCGUAGUCCGAGUCAUCGGGGCUUACGCGUGUGUUGGGGGAGCGAAGUUGUCCUGCAUGCUUGAGUACUCCAACGGCAGGAGGGUCGUUGUGAACGCCACCAAGAAGACCAUCAACGAAAACUGGAAGUUAAAGUAUGGCGCAUCUUUCUUCAUGUGUCCGUACAAAGAGGACGAUCCUCCUACCAGGGUUCGGAUGAAGGAAACGUACGAGUUGCAGUGGAGCCCGUCAAUACCAGUCACGCCCCAAGGGCCCAUUGAGGGUCAUCCAGUGGGGAAGUUCACCAUAUGCGUAAAGCCGUUCCACUACAAGUACGACAGAGCGUCGUGGCUUGUAGAGUUCAUUGAGUUUCAUCGGAUUGUUGGUGUGGACCAUUUCUUUUUCUACAAUCACUCGACGGGUCUCAACGUGGAAAAGGUGCUAAAAGGGUACACAGAAAGUGGGGUGGUAACCAUGCUGCCCUGGAAUUUGGACAUUAAGUCCCAAAAGGAGAUACGAACAGAGGGCAUCUUUGCGUCGCUCAACGACUGCGUCUACCGUUCCAUGCGCCAUUUUGACUACGCGGUCGUGCUGGACGUGGACGAGUUCAUGGUGCCUCGCAAGGAUGACACCUUGGGUGCCAUGAUCAAAAGGAUCAAGAGCACUUCUCCUAAGGCCACAGGCUUCAUAGUGCUCAACUCUUUCUUCUACUUGUACUGGGACAAUGACACGACGGCCUACGGGGAGGUUCCGGAAGUGGGCCCCAGGAAGCUGCCUUACAUGCUAACGCAGUUCAAGACCAGGAGGAGUCGUAAGGUAUUCAGGGUCGGUUCAAGGUCAAAGUACAUCGUGCAGCCGCUGACAGCAGUAGAAGUUGGCAACCAUGUUGUCUGGCGGUAUUUUGGCCGUCAGGCGACCCAUCCUGUCUCCAAAGAAGAUGCGCUCCUGCACCACUACCGCAUCUGCGAGUUCGGGGGCUUCGACUGCCUGAAGCAGCCAUCUCUGGUGGACCGGGUCGCCCUGCGCUUCAACGCCAGCCUACUUGACCGUGUCAGCGACGUCUGCAACAAGGCUUUCCCACGUGGUGGAUACUGUCCUCCGGCUCCGGGUCUAGGGAGCCCUUGGUAGAGGAAAGCACGCGACCACCGUUGCCUUGAGCUAUCUCUCGAUGCAAAUCUUUCUGCCUUUUCAUCUACUUGUCAUUAAGGUUCUCUGGGAAACCAAAGAGAACACAGGAACCCCCGGGAAAUACAGGAACCCGAGGGAAUUGCAGGGACCCAAGGGAAAGAGAGGAACUGAAGGAAAAGACACGAACACAAGGAAAAGACACGAACUCAAGUGAAAGACAGGAACCUAAGGAGAAGGCGAGAGCACAAACAAAUGAUAGAAACCCAAAUGAAUGACAGAAACCCAAAUAAAUUACAGGAAGCAAAGGGCAAGACAGAAACCCAGGAGCAAGAAAAGAUCUCAAGGAAACACAGGAACUUAAGGGGAAGACAGGAACCCAAAGGGAAGCCAGGAACCCAAGAGUGGAAACGCUCAUACCGAACGAAAAGCUUAAUUCCAUCUCACAUGUUGUGUGAAGCGGUACCUGUGGUCCAAGCGUCAAUGCAGCACUAUGACACAAGCGCCAGUGAGUUCUGUGCAGCACCUAACAGCGCUGCACAGAACUCUUAAGACGUAUUGCAGCUUCUGUGGCUCUUCGUCCUCCAAAAUGGUUCUUUGUCUUCCAGAACGGAUCAAGGUACACAAAACUGUGGGCAUCGAGCUUCAUCAUCCGAAAACAAGGCACCAAAAAUAGCGUGGAUAUCCUCUAGUUUAACGAGCAACUGGACGCCCCAAGACAGCGUUAAGUGGGAAAUAGUGAGUGUGUGGAAGCUGUGACAUAUCACCACGGGAGUCAAACUGGUGCAAUGUUCUGCUAUUGCUACGAGGUUGCGCAAGUCUGGGUCGUGAAAGCUGGUCGUGUGUUUUCCUUUUAUUUUACCUACAACUGUGCCUCUGAACUCGUGGUCAUUGCAGAAAGCAGACUGGAACUUUACAGCAUCUGGUAGUUUUGGUGCUUAAGUGAGUGAAGAAAAUUGACUUUACGCAUCUGAUACUCAACUACACCGGAACGGGCGCGGGGUGGUGAUCUAAUAAUAGCACUUGUUAUAGCGCAAGUCACCAACAUAUGCAGCACAUGCACUACCACAUGUACUAAAACGUAGUCAAGUACUAUACUAUCUUAGUAAACUGAAACAAAGAGUGAGACAAUAUUUUAUGGGCACUUCCAAAUGAAAUGUCAUUUAAAUAAAUCAUUUUUACAAACUAUUCUACUUCAGCUGUUAAAAAAAAUAACUUGUGUGCACAGGACUGAGCUAAGGUUUUUCAAAUCCAGCAGGAUUUGAGGUGAGGACCGAGCUAACGUAAAAUCCAUGCCAAAAAAAAAGUUUUAGCUUAUGUUUUUUUAAUGUUUCUUUGUUUGUUUGUUUUGUGCAAUCGAUAAUGUUUUAUUCCUGGUAUGAGUCUAUGAAUUCUAGCAUUUUACUCAGUAUGUUCAGCUAAAAGCAUGUCAUGGUACAACAUUUAAGUGGACUCAAAUUAGUUGAGCUCUGAGAAUUGUUCAGAUCUCGGUGAUAUACUUCUUAAUGAGAAGGCACCAAAAUGGCAGCUCUGUUUAUUAUACACUCUUUGUAGCAUCCAGUAUGUUUUAAAGUUGUAAAGAGACUAGCGGUUGCACUUUUAUAGUGUGAUUAAAGUAUGUAUUUAUGAACA